AUGCCGCGUAACCAGCGCUCCAAGGGCCUCGACGCUCCCAUGGCUCAGGCAGAUAUUUCAGCUGCAGACCAGGAAACCCUGGUCACAAUUGACCAAUAUCGCACAAGCAAUGUCACCAAGGGGACCGAAAGGCAGUAUGCCAUUAAGAAUAAGCAGUGGUAUGAGUAUUGCAACGUCAAGAACUUCGACGAUCGAGACAUUAUCACACCCUUUAAGAUGAGUAUGUACCUCUUCGAGUGGGUUCUGCGUCUGCCAAAAAAUAAGCAAGACGGAAGGUACCCGACUCAUCCGAUGGUACAAGAGGCUCUCAACCAGCGCUUUCGAGAAGCGAACCCAGGUCACGCCACUCUACCCAGUGGUAGUACUUUGCAAGUUCCGGAGGUCGCGGACGCCGCUGGCGAAGGUUUGGGGGUAGCUACCGAUGCUGGAGCCUCAGCCUGCCUCAUGGGUGUUGAGAGCGAGGACGAAGAGAACGAGGACGAAGUGAACGAGCGACCAGAGGAGGGUCAACAGACAGAACAACAGUUUUUGAGGAGCGAGCUUGAGAAGGAGGUGGAGUUUUCGGCCGUACGGAAGACGCUCAGGUUCAAUGACACAGGUUAG